CUUGGAAAACAUUCAAAAAACAACAAUGGAAAGGCAGCAGCCGCUGUUUUUUAGCUUUGCGUGUUAUUUCUAUUGUUUUCUGGCGCUAGUACUGGCUCUACUACCUCUCUCUAAUGCGAUUGAGUCACCGCAAUACACAGUAAUACGAUCAGAACCAGGUGUGGAGAUCAGACUCUACGAAGAAUCCUCAUGGAUGUCUGCUCUUGUCCCUGGUGGCACUUCCUUCGAGAAAUCAACCAAAGACGGCUUUCACAGGUUGUAUCAAUACAUUCACGGUGCCAACCUCAACUCUUCUAACCUUAUGAAAACUGCUCCUGUCUUAACAAGCAUCACUACCCAAUCGUCGCACGAAUCCAACUACACUGUGAGGCUCUACGUGUCAGCAAAAUACGGGGGAGCUCCUCCGCAGCCUAACCCCGAACUGAAUUUGGUGUUGGACAAGUGGAGAAGCCAUUGCAUUGCAGUUAGGACAUUUUCUGGGUUUGCCAAGGAUGAUAACAUCAACAAAGAAAUGGAAGCUCUUGUGACCGUCUUGGGAAAAAUCUCAGGUGGAAAACCGGAUAGUAUUGAAGGCAAAGGGUCCUAUUCGAUUGCCCAGUACAAUGCUUCGUUCCAUCAGUCGGGGCGAUUGAAUGAAGUGUGGAUGAAUGUCUCCGGUUUUGCAGCAGAAGGUUGUCCAUCCUAAGGGCAGUAUACAGACGUCCAUAUGCCUAUGUAUAUGCACUAGGUAUGGUGGUGUUAUCAUGUAUUUCUCUUUGUACUUGUUGCCGAAUAAAUAUGGAAUUUCAAUUUU